UGAAGCGCUACUGGUAGUUGUAGCUUAUAUUAAUAUAGUUACGAACCAUUUGAUUGUGCAUUUAUCAUCUGGCAGUCCUUCUUACAGUUUAAAGCAUUUGAUUCCGUUUGUGUUUAUGACAAGUGAGUAGCACUGUCGCCUCAUACCUGAUUUGUUGCUGUCUACUGCAUGUGCGCGCAUAUGUGUUUAUGUAUGUAUGGUUGCAUGUUUUCUCCAUAUUUCCAGGUUUCCUGACAGGUAGAGCUACCAAAAUCGUGUGGAUAAAUGGUUUGCUUUGUCCCUAAUUGCCUGUAGUGAGUGAGAGUGUGUUCUAAGGCUUAUGGGUUUGAGUAAUGUAAAAGUAGAAGUUUCUGUGUCAGUGAUUUCCUUAAGUGAUAGAUUUUAGAGGUACGCAUACCUCUUUAUACAGUAGCUUAAACCCAUCAGUAUAGUUAUUGACUGUUAAUGCCUUCAGAAAGUCCAUAUGUAUGACAAAAAGACCUAAGCCUUUUUCGUUAUUUGUUGAAUUUGUACUUAUAAAAAAAUCUUUGAGAGAAUUAAUGACUGUUAAUGUUAAAGGUAAUGGUUGUUCUUUCGAAAGCCAUACAUGUACAACACUGGGUGUCAGCAUUGCGCAGCGAAAUGUUGUGAGGUAAGGUCCAGCCCCUCUUACGAUUUUAUUUGCUGGGAGAAGGAAGACAGAGGCGAGCUCCAGUAGAGGCUAAACGCGUAAUGUACGGGAAAGAAAUAUCUCAAAAUUUUGUCGAAAAUUAAAAUGCUGCGUUGCAUCUGUAAAUGGCGCUAUGUUUCUGGCCCUUGAAGAAUAUUGUGGUUGCAUUUUUGCAAAGGUUUUUUAAACAAUCCCCAAUGAAGCACGCCGGGCAAAGAUGGAGAUGUGAGUACCGGGGGCUGGUCCUGCCGCUUUGUUUUCUGCUCUUUAUUUCCAACAGUGCAUCUGCGCAGAUACGGUAUUCUGUUGCAGAGGAGGUAAAAGAUGGAACCACUGUAGGAAACGUUGUGAAAGAUCUUGGACUUGAUAUCAAUACUUUAAUGGAACGACGGUUUAGGAUCGUACCUGAUUCCAAAUACACCCUUUUCGGUUUAAAUGAAAACAAUGGCGUCCUGUAUGUCAGCAACAGUAUCGAUAGAGAAAAAAUUUGUGAAAGCAAUACAGCUUGUUUGAUAAACUUGAAACUGGUUGUUGAAAACCCUCUGGAGAUUCAUCAUGUUGCCGUGGAGAUUAUCGACGUUAAUGACCAUUUUCCCACCUUUCCGGACAAAGAACUGCACCUGGAAAUAGCGGAAUCUACGCUACCGGGGGCGUAUUUUCAGUUGCAGGCUGCGCGUGAUGCGGAUAGCGGAAUAAAUUCUGUGCGUCGUUAUAAAUUAAACCAAAACACUCAUUUUGAAUUAGAGGUAAGAGAUAGAGGGGAAGACCUCAAAGUUCCAUUUUUAAUAUUACAGAAACAUUUAGACAGGGAACAACACGAGAAACACAGUUUACUCCUAACAGCUUUCGAUGGAGGUUAUCCGCCGAAGUCUGCCGAACUCAGUGUAACAGUAACUGUGUUAGAUAUCAAUGAUAACCGGCCUAUCUUUGAUCGUGAACUAUAUUCAGUAAGUUUAUUGGAAAAUGUUCAGAUUGGUACCGUUAUUUUAAAAGUAAACGCGACCGAUAAUGAUGAAGGUCUGAACGGGAUGAUUGAGUAUGCAUUUGGUAGAAAUCAGAAUAAUAAGAUUCGUAAUUUUUUUCUUUUGGAUAACGUCACUGGUGAAAUUCGCGUUAAAGGCUAUUUGGAUUUCGAAGAUGCAGAGGUUUACCAGCUAGACAUACAGGCCACUGAUAAAGGACAGCCUCCUAUGACGACGGACUGUAGUGUCAUCAUUAAGAUCAUUGACGUAAACGAUAAUAAUCCUGUGAUAGAAGUCACCUCCUUGUCCACCUUAGUUCCCGAGGACUCAAAACCAGGGACUGUGAUUGCUUUUAUAAGCGUCACAGAUCGUGAUUCUGGAAUAAAUGGCAAAACUGUGUGUAAUGUACCAGACAACCUUCCAUUUGAGCUGAAACCGUCCUUUCAGGAUAACGUCUAUUCUUUAAUCACAAAGGGUCAUCUGGACAGAGAGCUUGUUUCUCAUUAUGACGUGAAAAUAACUGCCACUGACUGUGGUGACCCCCCUUUGGCCACUGCUAAAACGGUACCUGUUCAGAUAUCAGACGUAAAUGACAACAGCCCUGUUUUCCUCAAAAAUCCCUAUUAUCUGUACAUUUUGGAAAACAAUGAGCCUGGAGCUUCCAUAUUCUCAGUUUCCGCUUCCGAUAAAGACUUGGAUGAAAAUUCAUGGCUAUCGUAUUAUAUUUUAAGAGACGGAGAGAAGACAAAUUACAUUUCAUCUUUUCUGAAUAUAAAUUCUGAGAAUGGUGAUAUUUAUGCCUUGAAAAGCUUCGACUUUGAAACAAUGAAAACCUUCCAGUUCCAAGUAGUAGCUAAAGACUCCGGAACCCCG